AGGCCCGCGACCCGUCCGUGAACCGUAACCCGCUCGCUCUCAGACCUCACUAUCCCCCAAUUCCCAAAUCACUAAUGCCUACGACCGAAAUCUCUCAUUCAUUCCCAUCGGCCAUCUCUCUCUCUCCCGUUAGGGUUCUCUCUCCCAUCGCGACCGUGGACUAUUCCUCAACCCGUCUAGACCAUCGGCCGUCGGCCGUUCGUGAGCAUCGCCCAUCGCGAUCGAUCUCCACCUUAGUUCGUGCAGCGAAUCGGUCUCUUCGGCGCCGUCCGGCGACUUCGGCGUUUUCGUUCCCACUCUCGAGUUCUUUUGCGAAGAAAAUGAGUUUGAUUUCUCAAAAUAUGCUCCCCAAGAAACGAAGAGAGAAGAUUGAUGGAGAAGCAGCUGAUGGGUUGGUUGAUGAACAUAAACUGAAGAACUCGAAGAGGAAGAAUAGAGGCAGAGAUUAUGACUUGUUGGAGGGAAAUAGAGAGCAGGAGAAGGAGAUGAAGAAGCUGGAGAGCUUCUUGUUUGGUACCCUUCACUCCCCUGUGGAAUUUGGCAAGGAAGCUGGUGGAGAAGAGGAGGAGGUGGCUCAGGAUGUGCCUUUGUUCUUCGUGGAUAAGUCCACCGGCGAUGAAAUGGUAGUCUAUGAAGAGGACUUGCAUUCUCGAAUUGAAGAACGGCGUAAGGAAGAGAAGAAGCCAGCAUGGGUUGAUGACGAGGAGGAAAGGACGGAGGUGGACAUAGUGAAGGUCAAUAGGUUGAGGAAGCUUAGGAAGGAGGCUGAUGAGCGUGUGAUAUCAGGUGCAGAUUAUGUGGCUAGACUACGCGCCCAGCAUGCUAAGCUGAAUCCUGGAACAGAAUGGGCACGUAUUGACCAGAAAUCUGCCCAUGUUGGUGCUUCCGAUGAUGAAUCCGAUGAUGAAAGCGGUGUCACGGUUGCCCAUGGAUAUGAGGAUAUGGAAGGUGGUGAUAUUCUCCGGAGCAAUGAUAAGCUUGUUGUUAAAGGUAGGGAUAAGCUGUUGCCAGGGCUGUUGGAGUACUCAAGGCUAAUGAAUGCCAAUUCAGAGGAGCCUUCCAAUGGUCCUAUCAAUUCAGUUCAGUUUCAUAGGAAUGGCCAAUUGCUGCUGACUGCUGGACUGGACAGAGGGUUGAGGUUUUUCCAGGUUGAUGGAAAGCACAACACUAAGAUACAGAGCAUAUUCAUUGAGGACUGCCCGAUAUAUAAGGCUUCAUUUUUGCCUGAUGGGUCUGAGGUCAUAAUUUCUGGCAGAAGGAAGUUUUUUUACAGCUUUGAUUUGGUGAAAGCGGCCGUAAGUAAGAUAGGUCCUUUGACGGGGAGGGAGGAGAAAAGUCUGGAAGUUUUUGAGGUUUCCCCUGAUUCGAGCACCAUUGCAUUCAUCGGUAAUGAAGGUUAUAUUCUUUUGAUGUCGUCAAGAACAAAGGAACUGAUUGGAACUGUCAAGAUGAAUGGAAGCGCACGUUCUUUGGCUUUUGCUGAUGGUGGGCAGCAGCUAUUGAGCAGUGGUGGUGAUGGGCAAGUUUAUCACUGGGAUCUUAGGACAAGGAGGUGCAUCCACAAGGCUGUCGAUGAAGGGUGUAUAGUGGGUUCAGCCCUCUGUGUUUCACCAGACAACUCUUUGUUUGCAGCAGGUUCAAGCAGUGGAAUUGUGAAUGUCUACAAAAGGGGAGAGUUUCUUGGGGGAAAGAGGAAGCCAUUGAAGACCAUUGAAAAUCUAACCACAAUGGUUGAUUUCAUGAAGUUUAAUCAUGAUGGACAGAUUUUGGCUAUUAGCUCAAGAAUGAAGAAGAAUGGUCUAAAAUUGAUACAUGUUCCAUCUUUUACCGCCUUCUCAAUGCCCCCUCCCAGAUUUAGUUUGCAUUACCCACGUGCUUUGGAUUUCAGUCCUCAUGGAGGUUUCAUGGCCAUGGGAAAUGCUGGUGGAAAGGUUCUGUUGUACAAGUUGCAUCAUUAUCAAUAUGCAUAAACCAUUGCGGCAGUGGUCGGCAACUCUGGCUUGUGGUAUCAUACUUUUCUUUAACCUAUUGAGCUGGCAGUUUUUAAUACCUUCAGUUGUGGUUAGUAUUAUUUUCUGUGUUGAUGUCUUUUUGUUUAUUAAUGGUAAUCAAUGUAAUUUUUCCCUUUAGGAUGUCGGUAUGUUGGCAUGAAGUAUUGCAUAAACCAAAUUAGUUGGCUGGAUUGAAUUUGACUGGCAUUAUUAUUUU